CCGAGAAAGACCAGUUUAAGUGAAGGCCGUGAACCGGCAGCUCUGACUGAGUGUAUUAUAUUGCGUAAACAUCACGGAUCUGUCAGUGUGAUCUCCCAUCAAAGCGAUCUAUUGCAUCCAGUGCUGUGCAGAAACUCCAGUCCAAUAGAUAGCCGUGACGGCAGCUAAGAGCCCAAUAUAUUGCAUAGACAUCACAGUUCUGUCAGUGUGAUCUCCCAUCAAAGCGAUCGCCUCCCAAAUGGGGGUCGUACAAGUCUUCUUCUUGGCCGCCGCCAUCUUGCCGGUCCUGACGCUGGCCGGCAGUGAGGUGGUCACAAAUACCUACGCUGAUGGGCGGACUGGUGUGGUGGUGAUGCCUAGGCUGGCGUCUCAGGCCUCCGACCCUCCGAUGCAAGGCGUGCACAUGAGGCUCAGCUCUUCUUCUUCAGCUCGUCCACCGAGAUCCGACAUUCAACGCCCGUCUUCAUCAGCAAACGCUCAUCCCCUGAGUGUGGUGACAUCCUCUUCUUCCAGUGCAAGGUUGCGACUCGUGCUACGUGGCGACACGCACGCAGACGCCAUCUAGCGUCACGCCGGCGCACCUUUCCUACGCAACGCUACACGCUUCAAGAUGAGGACAAAUUCCACAUGCACUUAAUCU